AUGAAGGUUGUUACUCAGCCAAUGACCUGGAUUGAAGCCAAGAAGCACUGUGAAGAUGACGGUGCCAGCCUGGCUAGCCUGCGAAAUGGGUGGUCACAGUCCUACGUUGAGCUGAUGUCUCAGAGCCUGAAUGCUUCUCUGUGGAUUGGACUGAACAAAAAUCAGACCGGUGGUUAUUUCAGAUACAUUGAUGGCUGGCACAUGGGAUUUACUCACUGGGGUGAAAAUGAACCAAGCACAGACCGACCUUGCGUCUAUGUAGAUGUGUAUGGGAAAUGGAAGACCGCUAACUGCAAUCAGACCAUUAACAGUGUUUGUAUUAAAUCUACAGAUGUGCAACCAACAGGGUCAAGUUUUUUUCCAGGAGUUUGCCCCGAUAACACACAUUUAUUCUACACAGGCCAGACUUUUGUCUGGCAACAAUUUAAGGGUUACUGUUACAUAUUUAUCUCAGAAGAAAAAAGGUGGGCAGAUGCAGCUGCUAGCUGUGUAAGACAAGGUGGAUCACUAGCCAGCAUUGAGGAGCCCUCUGAGCAAGAAUUCAUUCAAAAUAAUGCAAAAGUUUUUGAAGACAGCCACACCUCUUUCUGGAUCGGCUUAUACAAAACUCACAAAGGGGAGUGGCUGUGGCUGGACAAAACAGUCAUGGACUACACUAACUGGAGUGAAGGUCAACCUGAUGAUCGCAGCCAUGGAGGGAUUAGUACUUCAGAUGGGACAUGGAAGACAGGCAGACCAAACUAUUAUAGACCAUACAUCUGCAAAACACCCAAAGUAUUACAAUCAACGGCAUCCACGCCAAACAAACCUGUCCCUAGACCUCCAGACAAACGCCAACCAAUUUUAGCAGUUGUGGCGGUCAUCACUGUGAUUGCCAUUGGCGGAGUGAUUGCCUUCUUCCUCUUCAAGAAGUAUGGUCGUCGCCUACCCAUCCCUGACAUAUUAACCACCUUUGACAACCCACUCUUCUUCCGCAAUGAGCAGUCCCCAUCUGAAGUGGCUGACAUCAGUAAACCAAAUGCAGAGAAAGAGAACCCUGAGCCUUUAAUAACUAUGUAAUUUAAAAAAACAAACAAACAAAAAC